AUGUACAAGAGCUGUCUGGUGCAGGAAGCUUUGGCAAGGCUGGACGGUGAGAAUCGUCGCCUUCUGGAGCGGAAUGAAGAGCUGCAGCUCGCCUACGAUGAGGCUGACCGUGAUGCUCGUGAAGCGGAGGCCAUGAACGGCCACCUCCUGAGACGAGUAGAAGAGAUGGAGGUACAGAUAGCUGCCUUGAGGCAGUACGAGGCAGAGUUCGACAAGCGUGUCACAUCCAUGCUGGAUGAGAGGGAUGAGGCCCUUGCAGCUUCUACGAGAGACAAAGAGGCCAUCCUGCUCAAGGUGAAGGAGCUCCAGGAAGAGCUGGCCAUGGCCAGGCGGACUGCCCCCAGCGAGGCCGCGGAUGCCGCGGAGCUGGCCUUGAUGCUGAAGGAGCGACAGUUGGAAAUUGAAGACCUCCUCGAUCGGAAUGAGGAGCUAGAACAAGACCUGGCCAAAGCGCGGGAGGUCAGGGCGGAAUUUGGCUUCAGUGCUCAGAUUUCCGGCGGCCUGGACCAGACCGCACAGGACCAGUACGAGGAGCGACUUCGCCACUUCAAGGCAGAUGCCCUGGAGAAGGAUGCUCGCCUGCUGGAUGCAGAAAAGAAGUUGGAGCAGCUCGCAAAGAGCCUCGGAGCAGAGGCCGUGGUCGCCGAGAACAGGGAGCUUGUUCGCCAGAACUCCGACAUGAAGCGACAGGUUGGAGAGGCAAAACGGGACCUCGCCAACUAUCUCUCGGAGGCUGCCAACAUCGUUUAUGAGAACGAUCUCCUCCGCAGCAUUGCCAACGUGAAGCCAGAGCAACUCAAGCUGAAGGACUUCAAGCUGAAGGACAAAGUGACCUCAGCCAAAGCGGUGGCCGCUGUGAAGCAAAUGGAGAAAGAGGUGGCCGAGCUGGAAGCCGAACGUGGGAAGCUGAAGGCGCGCCUGCGACAGCUGUCCGAGCUAGCGGCAGAGAAAGUGUCACUCCUGCACAACCUGCAGCCUGAGCAGAUGCUGCAGUUAGAGGAGAUCGCAGCCCGCAUGCGCAAGGGGAAGUUGGAGUUGCCGCUGGACGAUCAAAGCCGACAGCUGAAGGAGGAGCGUGAUGAGCUUUCCAAGAAGCUGGCCAUGAAGGAUCGUGAGGUGGCCGAGCACGUGGACAGGAAGGUGGAGGAGGUCCUCAAAAAGCAGGGCCUCACCAAGGACCUCGAAGCCAAGGUGGCGGCUUUGGAGAAGGACAAGGAGAUGCUCCAGUCGUCUUUGGAGGCGUACAAGACAGGAUAUGCCGAGCUGGUCACGCUCCAGGACUUGGGCAGAAGGGAUCCUUGUCAGUUGGGAAAUUGCGGGCUUCCUGGCCCGGCCAUGCGGCCGCCACUGCCUCCAGGCGCUGUCGCCGGGGCUGUGCGGCCGCUGCCCCCGGGCAUAGCGCCUCCUCCACCGACUGGUCUCAGUGCUCCAGCAGCCGCGGCCUCACUUGAUCUGGAGUUCAUGGGAGUUGGAGACCGGGAGGGGCAUCUUCCAGCCCAGGUCUGCUCGCUCUACUGCCAAGUGGUGGAAGCCUUGGAGGAGCUGACUCGCGAGCGCUUCUUGCGGGAAAGCCUCGCAGAAGAGGUCUCCUCUUUUCAAGAAAGGUUCGAUCGUCUCCUUGCCGAGCAGGAGGUGCUGUACAAGGUUGUGGCUCUGCCAUCCAUGGGCAGUAGCUUCAUGAGCAAGUGCUGGUGGUUGUGUGAGAAGCAGCGACAUGGAAAUUCGCAGCACAAGGACUAUUUCGCACAACGCGAGGAGUGGCAGGCGACCACCAGCGGUCUUGAAGAGCGCCCCUGGGCUUUGCAAACAUUGGAAAAGGACAGCCAAAAGAAGUGUGAGAUCCAGGAGGGCCAGAUGCGCACCUGGCAGCGCCUAGGCGAGGGCGGCUCAGCACCGGAGCUGCGCGAGGAGCUUGUGUCUGCAAUGGGCCGAAUAGCGGCCCUGGAGCAGAAUGAGAGCGUGCUGUCUCGCAAGGUGGAGGCUGAAAGGCAGGGCCACGCCAUUGUGAAGGAGGCUUUCGACAACUUGCAGAAAGACUGCUGCGAGCGGGAAGGCUUUCUCAAGGAGCGCUUGUCAAAGGCUGUUUUGUGGAAGAGGCGGGGAGCCAACGCCCUGCGCAUAUCACGGCGAAAGCUCCAGUCAAUGGUGGCAAGUUCGGACUACGAGCGGGUGCAGCAGGAGCUGCAGGUGUGCCGCCAGCGCGAGUUUGAUCUUUCCAGGCGACAGACAGAGCUGACCUUGAAGGUGGCGCAACAGGAAGACAAGCUGAGAGAGGUGAUGGAUCUCCAAGACCGCUGCCGGAACUUGGAUCAUCUUGUGCGCGAGACCGAACAGGAGUUCACGGUGCUUCGGCGUCGUCUUCAGCUCCGUGAGCCUCGUUUUGCAGCCGAGGUGGCUCUCUUCACCCGCUUGACUGCCGAACUGCAGCGGACUCUGGGCUUCGUAGGGAGCUUUGAGGCUGCAGCCAGAAGCCUCGGACUCGCGGAGGCGCGUGUCGCAGGUCUUGGCUUCGAGGCUGGGGUUGCCACAAACGUCGAAGCCUCCUUGGACGAGAAGUUGCGCAAGUUCGACGUGAACAAUGACGGCUUCAUCACUCUCAGCGACCUCCGCAAGUUCUUUGAGAGCGAUUGGGAUAAAUUAGACUGCCUUGCCAUCAAGAUCAAGGACGAUGAACUCCAGCUCUUGGCCGAAGCCCUGCAUGGCGCACAGGCCGCAGCAGCCCCUGCGCCUCCAAGGCCUCCCAGCGCCCCAGGUGUUCCGAGCCCGCCUGCCCCGCCACAGCUAAGUGCGGCAGACCAGGUCAGCGUCUCCGUCCUGGGCGUUGUCGGCCGAUUCAGGCUCUACGGGCUCCGGUCCCUGGAGCCGGAGGAGAUUCCACAAGCAGACAAGCAGCAAGGUGCCCCACCCGAGCAAACAGCCCGCACACCAGUUGCCUCCAACAGUGGACAAAUCACGAGCCAGAUGCUCAGCAGGUCUUGCGGAACAGCUUCCUGCGACUGCGGAAUGCUCAGGCCGGGCAAAAUGCGGCGAAGUUCCAGCUUUGACAUACUGUUUCCGAUGUAUGUGGUCCCCGUGGAGAUUGUCCUUCAAAUGAAGGAGGUGAAGUCGUAUGAAGAGCUGCUGGCCGAGGGGUCACUGGUCCUUUUCGACGAGGCUGGCAGCCAUGCAAUCUUUGUCUCGCAUGAGUGGUCUGGCACGCAGCAUGCUGACCCCAAAGGGGAGCAGUUGGCAGUUCUGCAAGAUGCGCUGACGCACAUGCUUAAAGGCCGAGACAGGGUUCAUGUGGACACAGCAACGGAGAUACUGUUUGGUGAGCAAUCUGGUCUCAAAGCCAGCGAGAUGCAUGCCCAGCCGCUUGUGGUUUGGUUCGAUUAUUGGUGCGUGCCACAGCUGCAACUCUCAGUUGCAGGGCUCCAAGCCACGGACCAGCAGAAGGCGUUGGACAGCAUUCCAGCCUAUGUAGAGAAGUCGCGCUACUUCUUCAUCCUUUGCCCGUAUGUCCGCCAUGCAGACACGGAAGAGCUCUUGUGCAAAAGGACGUGGGCAACGCGUGCAUGGUGCCGACUAGAGCGCCUUGCCAGUCAGCUGAGCAUGCUCGAGAGCAGGCACCUGAUUGAAAUCCAAAGCGCCAAGUCUCAAACCUUGACAAUUCCCUACGAGUAUAUCCGGGAGCCUGUGGGAGAGGGAGAAUUUACCGUCGAGUCAGAUCGUGCAAAGGCCGCUGGCGUCGUGCGAAGGAUUUUUCAAAACAAAUUGACAUAUCACUUGCGACGUAGAAAUUUUCAUAGUUACCGAGUUCUUUUCAACCUGCAGCGCGUUCACUUCAGAUUUCUGCCAGUUGAGCCGCUGGACAGUGUCAUUCCUGGAUUUAAGAGCGACACCAUGGAUCCUGGAGCGUUCUUCUUUGAGAACUUCAUGUACCAGAACGGUUUUGAAGAUGUGCAAGAUCGCGACGAAGCCGGAUGGACACCGAUAUGCUAUGCAGCGUUGGGAGGGAAUCCAAUGUUGAUAUCAUCUUUGCUGGAGAGGAAGGCAGAUCCUAGCGAUUCGAUCACCAAGAGCGAUCAGAGGCUUUUCAUGACCACAGGGGCUUCCCUGCUUACGAUGUGCGUGUUCCUGCGGAACCACGAGGCGUUGAGGCUGCUCCUGGAACACAAGGCAGAUGUACAUGCUCUAGAUGGCUUUGGUGCGACGGCGAUGCAUUAUGCUUGCGUAAACCACAACGUGGAGGCCGUGCAGAUCCUGCGAAAUGCCGGAGCAAGCAUUUCCAUCAAGAACAAACUGUCGCACUCUCCUUGCAUGCUGGCAGGAGGCGCGGGCACAGGCAGUGGGUCCAAGGAUGUGAUUGAGGUUCUGCUCCGCGAUGCGCCACAGGCAGAGAUCAACUUUGCUUUGCACUACAGUAUUUUAUUUGCUGGUGCCUCGGAGGAGGUAGUGUCUGCCCUCAUACGUGCCGGUGCCGACAUUAACCAUCCUCUGCUCCUGCCGAGCUUCAGUCCGCUCGGGCUAGCUUUCACCUACCUCAGCUUCAGACACCGCUGGAAGCCGACAGCUGUCAGCUUCUAUGCAUACCACCACAUGCAUGCGACUCCGCUGAUGUGUUGCAUUGUUUGUGGCUGCUUCGAUGCAGCAGCUGCGCUCGUCGCUGCUAAUGCUCGACUGGACUUGAUGAAUCAUCGCGGGAAGACGGCUAUAGACUUGGCUCGUGAGAACGGUGCCCCUGAUUUCUUGCUUGAAGUGUUGCAAGGGCGACCGCAGGAGUGUGUUUAG